GGUUGCUGCGGCCACCGGCACUACGGCGGCUAGUGCAGCUGCUGCUCCUCCGGAUUGCUCCUCGCUCCUUCCAAAAAAAAAAAAAAAAAAAAAAAAAAGGAAAAAAAAAAAGAAAAAAGCAAAAGAAAAAAAAGAGGCUGGAAACGUUCCUUCUUUCUCCGCCCACCGGCUGCUGGCUGCGCGGACCGCUGGCCCUCCCCAUGCCGUCGUCGUCGUCGUCGCCCUCCUCCUCCUCCUCCUCCUCCUGCGAUUGUCUGCGUUCCGGCUGCCGCCCGCCCGCCCGCCCGGACUCCCUGCAUGCACACGCCGCCUCCUAGGUGGCUGCGGGGGGUGGGCGCUCCUGGAGCUGCCAUUCCGCACAUACCUUCAUGUCCCUACGCUCGCUGCGGCCGCCCGGCGCCGCCCCGCAUCGCUCGCCCGCUCCGGCUGCCGCCCUGACGGCCGCUCCCGCCCGGAGGUGAAGCCGGGACCCGCGGAGGGGGCGGCGGGGUCAGCGGUGGGUCUCGCCCGGAGGAGCCACCGCCGCCGGCACACGCAGCAGCAGCAGCAGCAGGAGCAGCCAUGAGCAGCGCCGCUACCGCCACCUCCGCCGCCACCACGGCCGGCAGCGGCGCGGGGGAAGGGGCCGAGGAGGCGGCCAAGGACUCGGCGGACAUCGCGGCGUUCUUCCGAUCCGGGUUUCGCAAAAAUGAUGAAAUGAAGGCUAUGGAAGUAUUGCCAAUUUUAAAGGAAAAAGUUGCAUACCUUUCAGGUGGCAGAGAUAAGCGUGGAGGUCCCAUUCUAACGUUUCCAGCUCGUAGUAAUCACGAUAGAAUACGGCAAGAAGACCUUAGAAGACUAAUUUCAUAUUUAGCAUGUAUUCCAAGUGAGGAAGUAUGUAAACGAGGAUUCACUGUCAUUGUAGAUAUGCGUGGGUCAAAAUGGGACUCCAUAAAGCCUCUGCUGAAGAUUUUACAGGAAUCCUUUCCAUGUUGUAUUCAUGUUGCACUGAUAAUCAAGCCAGACAAUUUCUGGCAGAAACAGAGGACUAACUUUGGCAGCUCUAAGUUCGAGUUUGAGACAAAUAUGGUGUCUCUGGAAGGCCUUACCAAAGUAGUUGAUCCUUCUCAGCUAACCCCAGAAUUUGAUGGCUGUUUGGAAUACAACCAUGAGGAGUGGAUAGAAAUCAGAGUUGCCUUUGAGGACUACAUUAGCAAUGCAACCCAUAUGCUGUCCAGACUGGAGGAACUGCAAGAUAUAUUGUCAAAAAAAGAAAUGCCUCAGGACCUGGAAGGUGCUCGCAAUAUGAUAGAGGAGCAUUCACAAUUAAAAAAGAAAGUCAUUAAGGCCCCUAUCGAGGACCUUGAUGUGGAAGGACAAAAGCUGCUCCAGCGGAUACAGAGCAGUGAUAGCUUUCCCAAAAAGAACUCGGGGUCAGGGAAUGCAGACUUACAGAACCUUUUACCCAAAGUAUCCACCAUGCUGGACAGGCUGCACUCAACACGGCAGCAUCUGCAUCAGAUGUGGCAUGUGCGAAAAUUGAAAUUGGACCAAUGUUUUCAGCUCAGGCUGUUUGAGCAGGAUGCUGAAAAGAUGUUUGACUGGAUCACACACAACAAAGGUCUGUUUCUGAACAGCUACACAGAGAUUGGAACCAGUCACCCCCACGCAAUGGAACUUCAGACACAGCACAAUCACUUUGCCAUGAACUGUAUGAAUGUGUAUGUAAACAUAAGCCGCAUCAUGUCAGUAGCAAAUCGCCUGAUCGAGUCUGGCCAUUAUGCUUCACAACAAAUCAAACAGAUUGCUAGUCAGUUGGAGCAAGAGUGGAAGGCAUUUGCUGCAGCCUUGGAUGAACGUAGCACAUUACUGGACAUGUCCUCCAUCUUCCAUCAGAAGGCUGAACAGUAUAUGAGCAAUGUGGACUCAUGGUGUAAAGCCUGUGGUGAGGUGGAGCUUCCCUCAGAACUGCAAGACUUAGAAGAUGCUAUCCAUCAUCAUCAAGGGAUAUAUGAGCAUAUUACCUUGGCUUACUCUGAGGUGAGCCAAGAUGGGAAGUCACUCCUUGACAAACUCCAGAGACCUUUGACUCCUGGGAGUUCCGAUUCCCUCACUGCUUCUGCCAACUACUCAAAAGCAGUUCAUCAUGUUCUGGAUGUCAUCCAUGAAGUACUGCACCACCAGCGCCAACUGGAAAAUAUCUGGCAGCAUCGAAAGGUCCGCUUGCACCAGCGGCUUCAGCUGUGCGUUUUUCAACAGGAUGUGCAACAAGUGUUGGAUUGGAUUGAAAACCAUGGAGAAGCUUUUCUUAGCAAACAUACUGGAGUGGGAAAAUCCCUACAUCGGGCCAGAGCUUUGCAGAAACGCCAUGAAGACUUUGAAGAGGUUGCGCAGAACACAUAUACCAACGCAGAUAAGCUCCUAGAAGCAGCAGAACAGCUCGCUCAGACUGGGGAGUGUGACCCAGAGGAAAUUUAUCAAGCUGCCCAUCAGCUCGAAGACCGCAUACAGGAUUUUGUUAGGCGUGUGGAGCAACGCAAGAUCUUGCUGGACAUGUCUGUGUCCUUUCACACUCACGUUAAAGAGCUGUGGACGUGGCUUGAAGAGCUACAGAAGGAACUGCUUGAUGAUGUCUAUGCUGAGUCUGUGGAGGCUGUCCAAGACCUGAUUAAACGUUUCGGUCAACAACAACAGACCACUCUGCAGGUUACAGUCAAUGUCAUAAAAGAAGGUGAAGAUCUUAUACAGCAGCUAAGGGAUUCUGCCAUUUCUAGUAACAAGACCCCCCAUAACAGCUCGAUCAACCACAUAGAGACAGUUCUGCAGCAGCUGGAUGAGGCCCAGUCUCAGAUGGAAGAGCUUUUUCAAGAACGCAAGAUCAAGCUUGAGCUGUUUCUGCAGCUUCGCAUAUUUGAAAGAGAUGCAAUAGAUAUAAUUUCAGACCUUGAGUCUUGGAAUGAUGAACUCUCUCAGCAAAUGAAUGACUUCGACACUGAAGAUCUUACAAUAGCAGAACAGAGGCUCCAGCAUCAUGCAGACAAAGCCCUGACCAUGAAUAACUUGACCUUUGAUGUCAUCCACCAAGGGCAGGAUCUGCUGCAGUAUGUCAAUGAAGUGCAGGCAUCUGGUGUCGAGCUGCUUUGCGACAGAGACGUAGACAUGGCAACUCGCGUGCAGGACCUGCUGGAGUUCCUGCACGAGAAGCAGCAGGAGCUGGACGUGGCAGCCGAGCAGCACCGAAAGCACCUGGAGCAGUGCGUGCAGCUGCGCCACCUGCAGGCUGAGGUCAAGCAGGUUUUGGGCUGGAUCCGAAAUGGAGAGUCAAUGUUAAAUGCUGGGCUUAUCACUGCUAGUUCUUUGCAAGAGGCAGAACAGUUACAGAGGGAGCAUGAGCAGUUUCAACAUGCAAUAGAGAAAACACAUCAAAGUGCCCUGCAGGUUCAGCAGAAGGCAGAGGCAAUGCUGCAGGCUAAUCACUAUGAUAUGGAUAUGAUCCGGGAGUGUGCAGAGAAGGUUGCUUCCCACUGGCAACAGCUGAUGCUGAAGAUGGAGGACCGUCUCAAGCUUGUGAAUGCCUCUGUUGCCUUCUAUAAAACUUCUGAACAGGUGUGCAGCGUACUGGAAAGCCUGGAGCAAGAAUAUAAGCGAGAAGAGGAUUGGUGUGGGGGAGCAGACAAACUGGGUCCCAACUCUGAAACAGAUCAUGUUACUCCCAUGAUCAGCAAACACCUGGAACAGAAGGAGGCAUUCCUAAAGGCUUGCACGCUGGCUCGAAGGAAUGCUGAUGUCUUCCUGAAAUACCUGCACAGGAACAGCGUCAACAUGCCAGGGAUGGUGACACACAUCAAAGCACCUGAACAACAAGUGAAAAAUAUCUUGAAUGAGCUGUUCCAGAGGGAGAACCGUGUGCUGCAUUAUUGGACCAUGCGUAAAAGACGUCUUGAUCAGUGCCAACAAUAUGUAGUGUUUGAAAGAAGUGCCAAACAGGCUCUGGAAUGGAUUCAUGACAAUGGAGAGUUUUAUUUAUCCACACAUACUUCCACUGGUUCCAGUAUCCAGCACACUCAAGAGUUGUUAAAAGAGCAUGAAGAAUUUCAGAUCACAGCAAAGCAAACCAAAGAGAGAGUGAAGUUGUUGAUACAGCUGGCUGAUGGCUUUUGUGAAAAAGGGCAUGCUCAUGCAACAGAGAUUAAAAAAUGUGUCACAGCAGUGGAUAAGAGGUACAGAGACUUUUCCCUGCGCAUGGAGAAAUACAGGACCUCUUUGGAGAAAGCUCUGGGUAUUUCCUCUGAUUCCAAUAAAUCGAGCAAAAGCUUGCAGCUGGAUAUAAUCCCAGCCAGUGUCCCUGGGUCAGAGGUGAAACUGCGCGAUGCUGCUCAUGAGCUUAACGAAGAAAAACGAAAGUCUGCCCGCAGGAAAGAGUUCAUUAUGGCUGAACUAAUUCAGACAGAAAAGGCUUACGUAAGAGACCUCCGGGAAUGCAUGGAUACGUAUCUAUGGGAAAUGACAAGUGGAGUCGAGGAGAUCCCACCUGGUAUUGUAAACAAAGAACACAUUAUCUUUGGAAACAUGCAGGAAAUUUAUGAGUUCCACAAUAAUAUAUUUCUCAAGGAGCUGGAAAAAUAUGAACAGCUACCAGAAGAUGUUGGGCAUUGCUUCGUUACUUGGGCAGACAAAUUCCAGAUGUACGUUACUUACUGUAAAAAUAAGCCAGAUUCUACUCAGCUGAUACUAGAACAUGCGGGAGCAUACUUUGAUGAGAUACAGCAACGACAUGGACUGGCCAACUCUAUCUCCUCUUACCUUAUCAAACCUGUCCAAAGGAUAACAAAAUACCAGCUUCUUUUAAAGGAGCUGCUCACGUGCUGUGAAGAAGGUAAAGGUGAGAUUAAGGAUGGCCUGGAGGUGAUGCUUAGUGUGCCAAAGCGAGCCAAUGAUGCCAUGCACCUUAGCAUGCUGGAAGGUUUUGAUGAAAAUAUAGAAUCUCAGGGAGAGCUCAUCCUUCAAGAAUCCUUCCAAGUAUGGGACCCAAAAACUCUCAUUCGAAAGGGAAGAGAGAGGCACCUUUUCCUUUUUGAGAUGUCCUUGGUUUUCAGUAAAGAAGUAAAGGACUCGAGUGGAAGGAGCAAGUACAUUUACAAGAGCAAACUGUUUACUUCUGAACUGGGUGUCACAGAACAUGUAGAAGGAGAUCCCUGCAAGUUUGCUCUGUGGGUUGGAAGGACACCAACUUCAGACAACAAAAUUGUUCUUAAGGCAUCCAGUAUAGAGAAUAAACAGGACUGGAUCAAACACAUCCGCGAAGUGAUACAAGAAAGGACCAUUCAUCUGAAAGGAGCACUGAAAGAGCCGAUCCACAUCCCCAAAACCGCACCAACAACAAAACAGAAAGGAAGAAGAGACGGCGAGGACCUGGACAGUCAGGGAGAUGGUAGCAGCCAGCCUGAUACUAUUUCAAUUGCCUCACGAACCUCACAGAACACACUAGACAGCGAUAAGUUGUCUGGUGGGUGCGAGCUGACAGUGGUAAUCCACGAUUUCACCGCCUGCAAUAGUAAUGAGCUGACAAUCCGCCGUGGGCAGACAGUGGAGGUCCUGGAGAGGCCCCAUGACAAGCCUGACUGGUGUCUGGUCCGAACCACAGAUCGGUCCCCAGCUGCGGAAGGCCUGGUCCCCUGUGGGUCCCUCUGCAUCGCUCACUCUCGCAGUAGUAUGGAGAUGGAGGGGAUUUUUAACCACAAAGACUCCCUUUCAGUCUCCAGCAAUGAUGCCAGUCCUCCUGCUUCAGUAACAUCACUUCAGGCCCACAUGAUUGGUGCUCAGAGCUCCCCAGGUCCCAAGCGCCCCGGCAACACUUUGAGGAAAUGGCUUACCAGUCCUGUGAGGCGCCUUAGCAGUGGAAAAGCAGACGGGCAUGUCAAAAAACUGGCCCACAAGCAUAAGAAGAGUAGAGAGGUUCGUAAAAGUGCCGAUACAGGCUCUCAGAAGGACUCUGAUGAUAGUGCAGCAACCCCACAAGAUGAAACUGUUGAAGAGAGAGGUCGAAAUGAGGGGCUGAGCAGUGGGACUCUCUCCAAGUCAUCCUCUUCAGGCAUGCAGAGCUGCGGAGAGGAGGAAGGUGAAGAGGGAGCAGAUGCUGUACCACUUCCUCCUCCAAUGGCAAUUCAGCAACAUAGUCUUCUCCAGCCCGACUCGCAGGAUGACAAGACAUCGUCUCGAUUAUUGGUGCGGCCAACAAGCUCCGAGACACCCAGUGCUGCAGAACUAGUCAGUGCGAUUGAGGAGCUCGUCAAAAGUAAAAUGGCUCUGGAGGACCGUCCAAGUUCCUUGUUGGUAGACCAAGGUGACAGCAGCAGUCCAUCCUUUAACCCUUCAGAUAACUCCCUUCUAUCCUCCUCGUCACCCAUUGAUGAGAUGGAAGAGAGGAAAUCCAGCUCCUUAAAAAGACGACACUAUGUCUUACAGGAAUUAGUGGAGACAGAACGAGAUUAUGUGCGAGAUCUGGGAUACGUAGUUGAGGGUUAUAUGGCACUUAUGAAGGAAGAUGGCGUACCUGAUGAUAUGAAAGGCAAAGACAAGAUUGUAUUUGGAAACAUUCACCAGAUUUAUGACUGGCACAGAGAGUACGUAUUAACUUGAAAACCAUCUGCUGAACUAUUCUACCUAAAAAAUAUUAGACUGACUUUAAGAAAUUAUUUCCUCAAAUAUGAGAGAAGGUUGCACAUGUACAUAGUUUACUGCCAAAACAAACCAAAGUCUGAGCACAUUGUCUCAGAAUACAUUGAUACAUUUUUUGAGGAUCUAAAGCAACGCCUGGGCCACAGACUUCAGCUCACGGACUUGCUAAUAAAACCUGUGCAGAGAAUUAUGAAAUACCAGCUGUUACUAAAGGACUUCCUCAAAUAUUCUAAAAAAGCUAAUCUUGACACAACAGAACUAGAGAAAGCUGUAGAGGUCAUGUGUAUAGUACCAAAACGGUGUAAUGACAUGAUGAAUGUUGGCCGCCUGCAAGGAUUUGAUGGUAAAAUUGUAGCCCAGGGUAAACUCCUGCUCCAGGACACAUUCUUGGUUACAGACCAGGAUGCGGGACUUCUGCCACGCUGCAAGGAGAGACGGGUCUUCCUGUUUGAGCAGAUUGUCAUUUUCAGUGAGCUGCUAGAUAAAAAGAAAGGUUUCUCCAUGCCCGGAUUCUUGUUUAAAAACAGUAUCAAGGUGAGUUGCCUUUCCCUGGAGGAAAAUGUGGACAGCGAUCCAUGUAAAUUUGCACUAACAUCAAGGACAGGCGAUGUCACGGAAACCUUUAUUUUGCAUUCUGCCAGUCCAGGAGUCCGCCAGUUAUGGAUCCAUGAAAUUAACCAAAUUUUGGAAAACCAGCGCAACUUUUUAAAUGCCUUGACGUCCCCGAUCGAGUACCAGAGGAACCACAGCAGUGGUGGAGGCGGCAGCGGGAGCAGCAGUGGUAACAGCAGCGGCCCCAGCAGCUGUAGUGGCAUCCCCAGCUCCAGCCGUAGCCGGCCAUCCCGGAUCCCCCAGCCUGUCAGACACCAUUCCCCAGUCCUGGUCUCCUCUGCAGCCUCGGCCCAAGCAGAGGCAGACAAGAUGUCAGGUAUGUCCAUUCACAAUCACUCCCUGCCACACUACAACACCUCCUUAGAAAUUGGCCUGAGCCAGCCAGACAGGCACCCUCCCAGUGCAGAGCCGGAUGGUCCUCAGAGAGAAGCUGAACAGAUUCCCAAGAUGAAAGUUAUUGAAAGUCCCAGGAAGACAGCAGGAAACAUUUCUGGCUCAGCUGAUGGAGCCCAGAAAGACUCACGUGGAAGCUCAGAGGACAGUCGAACAAGAAACAGCAUAGGAUCACUGACGCUUGGGAAGCCAAGGCCAGGAGCCAUCUCACCAAUGAACUCUCCUCUCUCCACGACUUUCCCUUCUCCUUUUGGCAAGGAAACCUUUCCACCCAGCAGCCCCCUGCAGAAGGGCUCCUUUUGGAGCUCCAUCCCAGCAUCCCCUGCCAGCCGCCCUGGCUCCUUCACUUUCCCUGGGGACAAUGACUCCCUCCAGCGGCAGGUCCACCGCCACUCUUCACACAGCAAGGACACAGACCGCAUGAGCACAUGCUCCUCGACCAGCGAGCAGUCAGUUCACUCCACCCAGAGUAAUGGGAGUGAAAGUAGCAGCAGUAGCAAUAUCUCCACCAUGCUGGUGACACACGAUUACACGGCAGUGAAGGAGGAUGAGAUAAAUGUCUACCAAGGAGAGGUCGUGCAGAUUCUAGCCAGCAACCAACAGAACAUGUUUUUGGUGUUCAGAGCCGCCACUGAUCAGUGCCCCGCAGCUGAGGGCUGGAUUCCCGGCUAUGUCUUGGGGCAUACCAGUGCAGUCAUCAUUGACAACCCUGAUGGAACCAUCAAGAAGUCAACGUCUUGGCACACAGCACUCCGAUUAAGGAAGAAAUCUGAGAAAAAAGAUAAAGACGGCAAAAGGGAAGGCAAGCUAGAAAACGGUUACCGCAAAUCCCGAGAAGGACUUGCCAACAAGGUUUCUGUGAAGCUUCUCAACCCCAAUUACAUUUAUGAUGUUCCCCCAGAGUUUAUAAUUCCAUUGAGUGAGGUAACAUGUGAGACAGGAGAGACCAUCGUGCUUAAGUGUAAAGUCUGUGGUCGCCCCAAGGCUUCAAUUACUUGGAAAGGUCCUGAUCAUAACACACUGAGCAAUGACGGUCAUCACAGCAUUUCGUACAGUGACUUAGGAGAGGCUUCGCUGAAAAUCAUUGGCGUCACUGCAGAAGACGAUGGUAUCUACACGUGUAUAGCUGCAAACGAUAUGGGUUCAGUUUCAUCUUCCGCCAGUCUACGAGUUUUAGGUCCUGGAACUGAUGGGAUCAUGGUAAUCUGGAAAGACAACUUUGAUUCCCACUACAAUGAAGUGGCUGAGCUUGGCAGGGGCAGAUUUUCUGUCGUUAAGAAGUGUGACCAGAAGGGAACCAAGCGAGCAGUAGCCACUAAGUUUGUGAAUAAGAAGCUGAUGAAGCGAGACCAGGUUACCCAUGAACUUGGAGUCAUGCAGAAUCUCCAGCAUCCCCAGCUCAUUGGCCUUAUCGAUACCUUUGAGACCUCCACCAACUACAUACUAGUAUUAGAAAUGGCUGACCAGGGUCGCCUUCUAGACUACAUCGUGCGAUGGGGAAACCUCACAGAAGGGAAGAUCAGACUCUACCUGGGAGAGAUUCUGGAAGCUGUGCAGUAUCUUCAUAACUGCAGAAUAGCACAUUUGGACCUAAAGCCUGAAAAUAUUUUGGUGGACCAGAGUUCCACUAAACCAACAAUAAAACUGGCUGAUUUUGGAGACGCAGUCCAGCUCAAUACCACAUAUUAUAUCCACCAGUUACUUGGAAACCCAGAGUUUGCAGCUCCUGAAAUUAUUCUUGGAAAUCCUGUUUCCCUCACUUCAGAUGUUUGGAGCAUUGGAGUGCUCACGUAUGUCCUUCUUAGUGGCGUCUCUCCUUUCCUGGAUGAAAGUGUAGAGGAAACUUGCCUGAACAUUUGCCGCUUAGACUUUAGUUUCCCAGAUGACUACUUCAAAGGAGUUAGCCAGAAGGCCAAAGAUUUUGUAUGCUUCCUACUUCAGGAUGACCCAGAUAAGCGUCCCUCGGCUGCACUGGCCCUCCAGGAGCAAUGGCUGCAGCUAGGGAAUAGCAAAAGUGCUGACAGCAUUGAUAUAUCCAGACUGACUUCAUUCAUUGAGCGGCGAAAACACCAGAAUGAUGUUCGACCCAUCCGUAGCAUUAAAAACUUCUUACAGAGCAGGCUCUUGCCAAGAGUUUGACCUUGCUUGAAGUUCUCUCUCAUUCUCUUUCACCUGCCAAUCAAUCAGACCGGAGAUGGACUCCUUCUGCCAAUCAAUCAGACUGGAGAUAGACUCCUUCUGCCAAUCAGCUGUUGACUUGAAUUUUGAGGAAAGCAAACCCCAAGCCAACCAGCUGCUAGCGAAUGUUCGUGUGCAAAUGCAUUCCACAGAGACCCGCGCAGGGCGGCGUGGGGGACUGGUGAUGCAGACUUCACGGGGGUGGAGGACAAUAGCACUGUACUCUGCAAAAAGCAGUCACAAGUGAUACAGUAACAGUAUUUUAUUCAGGUUUCUGCAAAAAAAAAAAAUAGUUUUUUUAAUAAACAAGAGUUGAAUUUUGCAAGUGAACUUAGCUACCGUUUUCAAGAUUUAUUCAAGGAAGAAAUGCCUAUGUUCAAAGCACUGGUGUUAAACAAAAAAUCAAAUCAUGCCUGGAGAAGACUCACCAAAAUGGCUGCCCGUUGGUACGGCCUUCAUUUAUAACAUCUGAUUUUCACUUGGUCUUAGAGCUUUCCAGUUGCCUCGGCUGUAUGUAUCUCACGUAGCAGUGCACUGAGAUCAGACUCUGCUUUUAAGUGCAUCCAACCUCAAAGUUUUUGCAUACAAAUAGAAGGAAAUGUUUUGCUCUGAUAAAAUGUAGGCCUUACUUGUAUAUAGACUGUUACCUGCCUUCGAUCUGUAAUUUUUUUUUUUCCCCUCCUCUUAUCCAUUUUUUCCCCCCCUCCUUCCUAAAUGGUGGUAUACCACUGUGCGGGUCUUCAGUUUGGGUCAGUACUCACUGUCCCCCUAGAAAAGGACUUUGGGUUGGUGCCCAGCUUGCUGACCCAAUUGUCAAGCAGUAUACAGCAGGAUGUAAUACUGUAAAUGCACUCAUUUGGGAUUUUGUUUUCUUUCAUAUCAUGUGCAAUGUUGUGGCUUUAACAUUUUAUGCAACUAUUUAUGAGGACCUCUGUUGUAACUGUAAUAAAUAUAUAGAAAAAGCACAUACUUAGUACGGCGAGCUUUAUGGUUUUGUUUGUGUGAUUGGGGGUUCUGGGUGGGCAGGGGAGGGUGUGUUGUACCACACUGUCAUUAUUAGUUUAAGAUGAGGCUUAGCAUAGAAUUUAGUCAAGACUAGUAAGUUUUAAGGAUUGUUUGGAAAAAAAAAAAAAAAAAAAACAAACUGAGAGAGAGAUUCGUACCCCAAAUGUCAAACUGAUUAAGAAGUAGGGUGACACUUUUUAAAAUGUAUUAUUAUAUUUAAAAUGCCAAAGUCUGACUUUCCCCAAAUCAGUCUCAAUACUUACUACUUUUUAGAAUUUUCAAAUCUGUGUUUACUUCUUUCUGUGAAAUGAACAAAUUAAUUUUGUGCUCUUUGGUGAAGAUUACAUUCAGAAAGUAGUGGUCAGAUGAGGAGAAUUGGAUACGUAAUGUAAUUGUCUUAGUAACUGUUUUAAAGGUUGAAGUAAUAUUAACGUGAGAUAUUUAAAAAGACAGAGAUGGUUUUCUGUGCAUCACUGAGUUCAUAUGGGUGUGUUGUCACCUAUGUUUGUGUGAAAUGCCAUGUUUAAGGAAACCACGCCGACAUCCCACAAUAGUUAGAUAUAUGGGUCUUAAGCCAUAACUAGCUUGGGUUAGUUUUGAGCUUUGUGGCUUCCCCUGUAUCCUAUUUAUUCUUUUUUGUUUGUUUUUUUGGUUUUUUUUGUAAAGUUGUACAGAAACUUUUUAAAAGAAAACAACUGACUUCAAAACUGGAUGUGUAUUCGUACCAACCUCAUAUCAUUAUGUUUGUGUAUUAUUUUCCUUUAUUGUUUUAGUUAAAUUUUUUGCUUUAUUUUGCAUGUAUAUUUCUUUGUACAGUUACAUGUUUACACAGUAUGACAUGAUGUAAAUAUUUUAUUUUGCCAUCAGUUACUUUGAAAAAAAUUAAACAUAUUUGACAUAAUUGUCUGAUCUCUUGCUUUAAGGAGUUUGACAGUUUAGGUUUGGCUAUAUUUUAAUUGGGCUCUGUAUUUUAAAAG